AUGACAGAGUUAUACUUUCUACGUCACGGAGAACGAAUAGACCAUGCUUUACAAAGGGAUCCACAAGCCAAACCGAUAAUAGAGGACUACCACCCAUAUGAUCCUUCAUUGUCCACCACUGCUAUCCCUCAAUUACAGCAAGUUGUACAAGACAUUUGCUCCACUACCGAAGCAUUUCAAGAUAAAGAGUCCUCGUCACUACGAAAGAAUGUAUAUAUCCAUUUCAGUCCUUAUUUGAGGUGCUGUCAAACUGCCGAUAUCUUGAUUACUGAUUUGAAAGCCAAAUUUGCUGAACAGUUUCCCAAUUACAAAGUAAGGUUUCAGCUACUUGGAGACUUUGCAUUAAGUGAAUGGAUUCAUGAUAAAAUGACAAAUAAACCCCCCUUUGUGGACUCAAAUGACGCGUAUAAUAUGUACACACCAAAUUUGAAGACCCUAAAGAAUAAGAAUGCCUGUUCCAAUUUCAGACCCACUGUUACCUUGGGACAAUAUAAUGGGCCUGGUCUUACUUAUAAAGAGUACCAAGCACGAUGCAAGGAGUAUUUUCAAAAGUUGUUGGCUACUUAUGAUAAACCCGCGUAUAUUAAAAACAAGGAUAUUAUCAUUGUGGUUUCGCAUGGGUAUCUUAUAAACAAUUUAAUGUCCUAUUUCAUAAACCACCCUAUUUUUGAAGAGAUUCCCGAAGCCAGAAUUAAUCUUGCGAGGAGAUUGAAGAAGGAGGAGAAAGAGGAGGUACUGCUGGGUGAUGAAAAUGAUCCGAAAAACUACUAUUGGAAACUUGUAAAGGAUGCACUUGGAAUUGCCAGAGAAGAUCUUGACACUAGUUUGAAUCUUGAAACCGAUAUUGUCUAUUAUAAAACUAACUUUAUCAAAAAGGAUGAUCUUAUCGACAAGCCAAAGGAGGCAGACAUCAAGGAUGAGUACAAACCAAGAGCCUCGUUCAAGAUUGAGUCCACUUCGGCGUCAAGAAGUGUUAAUGGUUUGCCUCCUGCAAGACACAACUAUCUUUGUCCAGCAGCAAAGGAUUGGGUACCCGAUCAGAAACAUUUCCAAAUCAGAUCCGAGUUUAAAGAGAAAAUGAUGAAUUGUGACGCUUUUAAAAAGGAUUUUACAAUAACGAAUCCACCCUCGAGACGAGUUAGCCCUGACGUUUCUCCAAAUUCGGCACCUACCAAAAACAACUCUGUUAUUGAUUUAUCAAAAAUUUUGAGUAAUGAGUCCGUACAACCAAUAAAGUUGAAAUACUCCAAUACAUCAGAAAUCCCAAUUCACCGACUCAACUCGAGGGUCAACUCACAGGUCAAUUUGCAACUGUAUAAUCGUCCCACAUCGUCAGCAGAAAACUCAUCCACUGAUCUUCCCAAGUACGUUUCAUCACAACUCAGAAGCAGAUCAAGUUCCAACCCUUCGGUAUACGUUGCCCAUCAUACCAAGGACUCCUAUUUUCCUCAAGUCAUAAACCGUGCUAAAUCCAAUGAAUCAGAUAUGUCCGUUGACUCCUUCAGUGACCAAGGUGUUGAUGAGUUGGAUAUUAUCAAGGAACAUAAUGAACCACCGAUGUCUGCGGCGGCAGCAGCAGCGGCAGCAGCAUCAGCAAACCGUUUCUCGCCGAUUGAAACUUUGAAUCGAGCUCGAUCAUUAAACAAAAAGAGAAUCAAUAACCCCUUGUUGAUGUCUUACCAGCAAAAGAAGUCGCAAAAUCAACUACCACAAAGCUUUACCAUGCAAUCUGACUCGUUUAAUAAUAGUAAUGAUGAGAGCAGUGAUGGUGAAUAUGAAGAUUCGGGACUGGGAUCCGGCUCGGGUUCGGGUUCCAAUUCGAGAUCGGGGUCGAGAUCGGAAUCGGAUGAAGAGAUGGAUAGUGAAAAACACUUUUCAUUGUCGUUCAAGAAUAAUCAAGACAAAAAGCCUGUUGUUGCGAAGAAGAGACUGAGAAAGAAUUCAAUGGAGUUUUAUUCAACACCAGCAAGUGAGGUGAAACAGCGGGACAUGAAUGCCACUACUGCUCCCAAACCGACGACACUGAGACCAUUUUUCUACAAUUUUGAAACUGAUGGCGAUGACAGUGACUCUGAUGGUGAGCCUUCCAAGGACAACGAUUCAAGCAGUAAUGAUAGGUUUUGGUUUGGCAAAAAUAGAUAG